AUGUUACCCUUAGUUUUGAUGGCAUACGCAUCACUACUAGGCCUGUUCCUAAGUGUGUGCACUCUUCCCGAACCAGAACCAGUACCUGCAGCUGCAGCUGUAGCCGUACGCGAACGAGGCUCGUCUUCGGGGCGGAACGCGAACUCGAAAGCGCCUGUGGACCCAUGGAGUCAUGCACACGUUCUUUCAAAACCUGAGGCCGGGUCAACACAAAACCAACUUCACAUGGACCAAACCGUUUCGAAUGCAUCUGGUGGUUUUGAGGAAGAGAACAAGUGUUACCAUCUCCAGUUUGAAGCGCGAUACAUAUUGAAUCGGGAAAUCAUUGUCAGAUUCAACGAAGUGAAGUGCAAAUCAGAAUGCAGAAUUUCCAUACCGUCUUAUUUUCAGCACAUCAAAACGAGACUGCAGCACGCUCAUGGCUGUAUUAAAUCGGCAAUUUGUAUGAAUUACAGGACAUCAACGGCGAUUGAGCCUAUGUGUUUCGAAAGACGCGAAGCUGCUUCGAAAGGAUCAAGUUGCACUUUGGAUAGUUGCUUUUGUUCUGUCACAGUGAAUUUUUGGCGUGUAAAGCAGAAGAGCCAAGAUCCCAAAUGGUUUCAGCCUACACCGGCUGGACAGAAGGCUCCUCUAUGUCAUCCAGCCUGGGUGAUGCAACCAGGUAGGUUCGACACCACGCGGUGGUCUUCAUCACAUGUGCAGUGGGUCGUCCUGGAGCAUGGUAUCAGAUGUGACGAGCCUUUACCCGAUGAAAAAGCUUGCGGUUGCGUUCACAUCAACCCCGGAGGCAGAGCUUGUAAAGAGAUCGAGCAUAUCAAAUACACUCGCUGCGGUCUUGAGAAUCCGGGACCAGAUGGAAAUUGUCUAUGCGAUGCUGGAAGAGAAGAUCAUUGUGCAGCGACGACCGUAGUGGAGCCGAACUUUGCGUCAUGGAAUGCGACAGAUAUGUAUGAACAGCUCCUUGAUCUUGAUUAUCUGGCGCAGCAGCUUCAGCAGUAA